AUGGUCAAAUUCCUCACCAUUGCCUGCGUCACCACUGGCGUAGUCGCUGCCUCUAGCAAUGGCUCAUCAAUCACUCCUAUUCUCGAUUGCGGUCAAAUUUGUCAACGACCACCAGUUAAGAGCCUUGAGUACCUGACAGCUGUUCAUUCCAUUCAGCAUCUGCUCGCUCGAUAUCCGGUAGCCAUCGAUGGAAAGGACUGGAGCCAACUUGGCAGCAUCUUCGCAGCCGACGCUACCGCCAGUUUCCCGCCUCCCUUGGGUGACCUCGUUGGCUCGGACGGCAUCACAUCAGCCAUCUCUCAAGGACUGGGCAUCUUUGCCAGCACUCACCAUAGCUACGGCACUCAACUCAUCGAAGUGUGUUUAGAAGAUACCGCUGUCGCGCUGACAUACUUGACUGCAACCCAUUUCAUGGUGGAGACAACGAACCUCUCGGAGACCGUUGGUUUAGAUAAGGUCUUGUAUAGUUACGGACAGUAUCUCGACAAAGUGGAACGAGGAGUAGACGGAAAGUGGAAGAUCGCUCAAAGAACCCUAGCAAUGAUGGUGAGUCUUGAUUCCGACAAAUAUGGGAAGCCAUCGUUAAAACAACUUUUGAUAGGGUCCCAGCAUCUCCGAGAUAUCUAUCCGAUAGCAAAGAUGAAACUAGAGAAGAACGACGGCCAGACCGCCCCCUUGAUACGCCCAGGCUUCGGUAAAGAAUUCUGGGAGAUGCCUGACGACGAUGCCGCGUUCCCCAGUACCAUCGCUAUCUUGUGGUUCGUUGAGAAGAUAACAAACAAGCCCGAUUGGUAUGUCAAGGUCUUUGAUGAGCAAAUUGUUGCAAAGUGGAAGCAGGAGGUUAUGGCUGUUGACUGGAAGGCUGUGGGUUUAAACUAUGCUUACUUCGAUGACGAUUUGUUUACCUUCGUAAGUGACUGGCUUCAAAUAAGGCGGAUCCUUGCUGGGAGCGCUCGCCGAGCUUCGCGAGAAGGCCAAGUUUUCCAGUGCUACUGGUCUGAUCCCAUCUUCGAUGCCGCGUCCACCAUCAUCAAGUCUGACAGCGCCAUUACCCCGGAAGUAAAGGAGGCCCACAAACAGGGCGUAGCCGCUCUCGAAGAUAUCCCCGAAAACGAAAAGGACGGACAUCCCCGCAGCGACGGCAAGGUCCUGAACCUCGUGCACCCUUCUCUCUGGCCUCUUGUCUUUGAAAAGUCUCGCAUCGUCGCCGAUAAGCGCAUUCUGCUCAAAGACACACUGGCGGCCUCCGGCAGAAGAGGCGUCAUCCCCGUUCCCAAGAAGAGGUAUCCCAACCACCAAUCCUCCGACGACCUGUGGUCCGUCAAGUACCAGUGGCUCCCGUGCGACAUCGACAUCGAAGAAGAUCAUGAGCUACAUUAA